AACUGACUUUCCCUCCAAACGAGAGAGAAAGAAUUAAAAGAUCUUCCCAGGAGGUGGGGACUACCACCGCAACACCCGCUGCCUGCCCUCUAUAAAGGCCGAGGCGCUCUCUGAGCUCCUGGCUCCGCAGCGCGUGCUCUCACCGGGCCCCCAGCACCAUGGCCUACUCCGUGCGCACCAGCGGGGGAUCCCGGCACUUCUCUUCUCGGAGCGGCCUUGGAGGGGGAUCUCUGAGAAUGGCUGGUUCUAGCGGUGGAGGGGGCUUCGGCGGCGGCGGACUUGGGUUUGGGGGGGGGUCUGGUGGAGGGUUUGGUGCUGGUUCUAUGCUUGGGUCGGGCUCUGGCCUCAGCGGGGGUUUGGGGAGCAGCUUAAGUAGCGGCUUUGGGAGCAGCUUAAGCAGUGGGUUUGGGGGAGGCUUUGGGAGUGGUUUAGGUGGCGGCUAUGGAAGUGGCUUAGGCAGUGGUUUUGGUGGAGGGUUGGGAAGUGGUUUUGGCAGCGGCUCAGGAGCUGGUUUUGGAGGCGGCUUUGGUAGCAGCUCAGGAGCUGGUUUUGGAGGCGGCUUUGGUAGCGGCUCAGGAGCUGGGUUUGGAGGCGGCUUUGGCACUGCCAGUGCUGGGGAUGGCGGCCUUCUUUCUGGCUCAAAAAAAGAAACUAUGCAGAACCUCAAUGACCGUCUGGCUGCUUAUCUGGACAAAGUGCGAUCUCUGGAGGACGCCAAUACGGAGCUGGAGUGCAAAAUCCGUGAGUGGUAUGAGAAAAACGGCCCCGGCACUGGCAUCCCUGGAUCUGGGAAUGACUACAGUAAAUACUGUCCCAUAAUCGAAGAUCUUCGAAACAAGAUCAUUAAUGCAACUAUCGACAACGCAAGAAUCAUUUUGCAGGUCGAUAAUGCCCGACUGGCUGCUGAUGAUUUCAGACUGAAAUAUGAGAAUGAAGUGGCUCUUCACCAGAGUGUGGAAGCUGACAUCAAUGGUCUGCGCAGAGUUCUUGAUGAGCUGACCUUGACAAGAGCUGAUUUGGAGAUGCAGAUUGAAAGCCUGAAUGAAGAACUGGCUUAUCUCAAGAAGAAUCAUGAAGAGGAGCUUCAGGGCAUCCAAAGCACUACGAUUGGCCAAGUCAGCGUUGAAAUGGAUGCUGCUCCAGGAAUUGACCUGACCAAGCUUUUGAAUGACAUGAGGGGCCAGUACGAAGUCAUCGCCGAGCAAAACCGUAAAGAGGCUGAAGCGUGGUUCAAUGAAAAAAGUGGGGAGCUGAAAAGAGAAAUCUCCACCAACACUGAGCAGCUUCAGUCGGGCAAGAGUGAGAUCACAGAUCUAAAACGGACUCUCCAGAGCUUGGAAAUUGAACUACAAUCUCAGCUUGCCAUGAAAAAAUCCCUCGAAGACACUUUAGCAGAAACAGAAGGAGGUUACUGUGCUCAGCUUUCACAAAUGCAGCUUCAGAUCGGGAACCUGGAGUCUCAGCUGCUUCAGGUCAGGGCUGACAUGGAGCGCCAGAACGCGGAGUAUCAACAACUUCUAGACAUCAAGACUCGCCUGGAAAUGGAGAUUGAAACCUAUCGUCGCCUUCUGGAUGGCGAGUUUGUGAGCGCAGGGCAGGCAGUUACAUUUGAAAGCUCACCCUUGACAGGGUCCAAGUCACAAACACAAUCACUGGAUUCUUCUCAGGAUCCUACCAAAACUAGAAAGAUCAAGACAAUUGUCGAAGAAGUGGUAGAUGGAAAAGUUGUGGCAUCCCACGUUAAGGAAGUUGAAGAGAAGAUAUAAGACACCAUCGGACAUUGCAAAGGAUCUGUUGACUCCGUGUUUUUUCAAAGCCCAAAUGGAUAAAUAGCUUUGUUCUUUCACAUGACAUGAUAAAAAUAGAUUGGCUUUUUACUAAGAUUCUUUUACUCAAAACAAAGCCUGCAUUUUCAUUCUUAGCAGUCAUGCAAUAUAUUUUCUGCCUCAGUCUAUUGGUAUUACCUCUAUUAUUUUUGCAGUGUUGUUUAAAUCACCAGGUCUUUGUUCAGUAACUAGAAAUACGGUGCACACAGGCACUUAAAUAGAUAAGCUUUUUAAUAAUUUUUAGGAUAAUUUUGCUAUUCUAACCUAUUUUUUUCUGUUUUCUUGACUAAUAAAAAGGACUCAGCAAGCUUUAAGAUAUUAGUCUCUCUUUAUUCUUCAUUUAGCACUGCUCCUCC